UAAUUUGAGACUUCCUUUCCUUCAUUAACAUGAUGCUAAUAAUGCAUGAUGCAUCUGUUCACGCAAACUAUUUGUAAUCCAGCUUUACCAACAGAAGACGUGAGUAUAAGGUUUUUUUUAAUGAAUCUUUGCAAAUUGCCUUUCCUAAUAAUGUGCCAAUUUGAAAGUUUUACAAUGAAUGUUGCUAAAGAAAACGUCCCUCAUAGAGCAGCUCAGAAAAGAGGGGCGGGGUCAGCAGAGCUCAUCUGCAUUUAAAGGAAAAUGCUACAAACUGCUUGCUCUGAAAAGAGCAGUUUUUUGACAAGGUAAAAAGGGUGUUGUUUUACACUACCAUUGAGAAAUUUUCACUCAUCUGUCCCUGUAACAUCCAGAUAAGAUUCACAUCACCUCUGUGAUUUAUCUGCUAAGAAACUGCAUUUAUAUGUUGAAGUAGUUGAUGAUGUGUUAACUGGCAUUUUAUCCAACACAAAUGCUCUUCAAUUUAAUAACAGUACUAAUUGGGCCAAUAAAACAGAUAACUUAUGUUUAGUUACUUUAUGUAGAAUUGUUUAUUUACAUUACUUACAUUUAACUAAUGUAAACAGUACAGUACAGUACACACAUCACUCACUCGCUCACUCAGACAUCUAUUUAAUGUCUAUUAGAUGUGCUCAUCUGCAAUUCUUCCUCUCAGAAGUUAUAUGGACAAUUAAUAGGCUAAUUGUCGGUAAGAUGUACAUGGUUUAUGUAAAUCCACUUUGGAGACGUCGAGUACUUGAACAGGACUGCAGCUCCUCUGUUAGCUAUACAUAAAAACGUUUUACUGCAAAAUCACAAAUAUAUUUUAUUUUAGCAUCUUUACACCUUCAACAGCUCUACAGUUUACUCUAAAGUAAAGAAGUUUUUCUUUUUUUGUCAGGUCAGAUUUUCUGCACAGGUUUUAUUUAAAUAUGGCAAAUUUUUUAAGCAUAAUUAUUUAAUGUUUGAGUAUGAGAACGCUGAGCAUGUUUUUUAAUUGUCUGUGUGGCUGCACCUCAUCAGUGAUCAGGCAUCAUAUUUUAUGAAUAGGCUGUUGUUACUUUUUCUGAUUCGGAGAGACCUUUUAAGACUGAAAAUGAAUCUGCUUAUGUUUGUUAUUUUAUUUCUCUGUUUAUGUGUUGUCUGUUGUAGUGUUGAAGUUAAGUAGAGUUGGUUGUGCCAGAUUUAAAUCUACAAACAUGAUGUUGUACAUGAAUUUCUGUUUUAUGUAGGUGAGCUUUACAUUCUUCAAGCUCAUGAAAAAAAAAAAUCUGUCUACUUGAGGCGUCCAGUUCUCCAUAGUUAAUACUGGUCAAUUUCACAAACAGACUACUAUUUCAUAACAAUGUUAUAUAACGUUGACUGAAAGAAUGCACUUUGUACACUCGCUAAGUAUUUCUCUCAUUUAUUUCCAUCGAUCCUCUUGUCGCUUUUCUCUCCAGUCCAGCGGGAGGCGCUAAGACACAUGCGCUUGUUUGCCAAACACCAUUAAACACCAGAAGAAGAAGAUUAGUUCAACCGCACUCUCAGUUGUUUUGUCGUGAUGCUGGCUUAAUACUGUAAGAAAAUUUACUUUCUGUAAGUAGAAAAAUACAGUUUUUGAAUCAGCUCAGCAAAUACCUUUAAUAUUCUCAUCCUCACAGUUAUGACUAAGUUUUGAAGCGAGUAGGAAUACCUGGAGGAGUAUCAUCUGAACUGAGAUCUGCUGCUGUAAAGAUGAUGUUUGUUAAAGAGGAAAGUGAAGAGAACACGAGUGAACCAGAAACCUGGAGAAUAAAACACGAGGAAACAGAAACCUGGAGAAUAAAACACGAGGAACCAGAAACCUGGAGAAUAAAACACGAGGAACCAGAAACCUGGAGAAUAAAUCACGUGGAACAAGGAGGCCUGAUGAAAGUGAAAGAGGAAAGACAAGAUCUGAAUGAAGUGGAAGAGAAGCAUCAGCAUCAGAAAGCUCAUGAUGCCAACACUGGAGAGAAAUCAGUGAGUUGCUCCAAAACUGUAAGCAGUUGCUCACAACGCAACAUUCAAAGAAAAGAAGCCAAAAGUCCUUUUACCUGCUCUCAGUGUGGAGAGAGUUUCAAACAGAAAAGAACCCUUGACGAACACAUGAUGAAUGUUCACAAUGAAAAAAAGCCUUUUACUUGCUCUGAGUGUGGAAAUACAUUUAUACGCAAAGGAAGCUUUAAGUAUCACAUGCUAAAACAUACGGGUAUAAAGUCUUUCACCUGCUCUCAAUGUGGAAACAUGUUCAGUCAUCGUGGAAGCCUUUGGAAUCACAUGAAAAUUCAUGCUCAGAUAAAGUCUUUCAGCUGCUCUCAGUGUGGAAAGAGUUUCACACAGAAAAGAAUCCUUAAAGAGCAUGUGUUAACUCACACUUUAGAAAAGCACAUAACCUGUCCUCAGUGUGGAAAGUGUUUGUCACGUAGAAGAAGCCUUGAAAAUCACAUGUUAGUUCAUGCUGGAAUAAAGCCUUUCAGUUGCUUUCAGUGUGGAAAGAGUUUUACACGUAAAGCAAACCUGAAUUACCACAUGAUAAUGCAUGCUGAAAUAAAGCCUUUUAGCUGCUCUCAGUGUGGAAACACUUUCACACGCAAAGCAAGCCUUAACAAUCACAUGAUAAUUCAUACUGGAAUAAAACAUUUCAGCUGAUCUUAAUGUGGAGACUUUGUAUAUCAAGGGCCUCAGAAGCUGAACCAUCAAUGACAAAACAGUUUCCUUCAUGUCAUCACUUCUUGAUGCUGAUGAGAGAUAGUGGACAAACUAUCUUGACCAAGAUUUUAAAUUAACAAUUGAAUACCCUUAAUCAUGGGCGUAGGUUUGGUCUCAGCUUUGGUGGGGACACCCCCCACCCCCGGGAAUUCUUUUGUUGUAAGAUACCAGUGAUUUAAUGGUGAUUUC